UUUGGCCAUUCAGUUGCUUUAUCGACAGCACUUGGGCUGGGCGGAAUAAUUUAAUUUUUCUGCGGUUAUUCGUUGAAAGAAAGCACUUGUGCCCGAGAUAAAGAUGCAGUUCAUGUUCAUCCGGCUGAUGGGAUCAGUAAUGAUCCUGGCACUUUCUACGAUUCGCGGAAUUGGGGCUGCAGAGAACGGAUUCCCAGUUUCUAUAAUACACAUAAACGACUUCCAUGCCAGAUUCGAGCCCACGGACACGAGCGGCGGCGUCUGCGACAGCGACGAGGAGUGCAUCGGGGGCUAUGCCCGAACCGUAUAUACUGUAAAGCGCCUUCUCGAGGAGCAGAAGGAGUCCAACCCGAUCUACAUUAAUGCGGGCGAUAGCUUUCAGGGUACGCUCUGGUACAAUAUUGGCCGCUGGAACGUCACCCAAGAGUUCCUCAAUAUGCUGCCGGCCGACGCCAUGACCCUAGGCAACCACGAAUUCGACAACGGGGUCGAGGGCGUCGUGCCCUUCCUAGAGACCAUUGACACGAACAUGCUGGUGGCCAACAUGGACUGCGCCCACGAGCCCACCAUGGAGGGUUUGUACAACAGUUCGAUAAUCAUAGAGCGGGGAGGUCGCAAGAUUGGACUCAUUGGCGUCAUCCUGGAGACUACAUACGACCUGGCUAACACAGGCAAAUUGAUCUUCCGCAAUGAGAGCGACGCCAUUCGCGAGGAGGCGCAGCAGCUAAAGGCUCAGGGGGCCAACAUCAUCAUCGUAAUCUCGCACUGCGGCUACGACGUAGACAAGGAGAUUGCAGCUAACGCCGGUGACGUAAUUGAUGUAAUUGUCGGCUCGCACUCCCACACCUUCCUGUACACUGGCGACCCGCCAGGUCCACACAAGCCAGCGGGCGACUAUCCCACCGAAGUCAUCCACAGCUCCGGACACCGCGUGCUCAUCGUCCAGGCAUCGGCCUACGCCAGAUACGUGGGCAAUCUGACCGUCUACUUUGACGACAACGGCGAUGUCUUGGAUUUCGAGGGUGCCCCGAUUUACAUGGGAGCGGAGGUACCGGAAGAUAAGGCCGUACUUGAAGUUAUUCAACCUUGGAAAGAGCUCAUAGAUAAGCAGGGUAAGGUCGUUAUUGGCACCAGCAAGGUGGAUCUAACCAAGGACGACUGCGGUGCCGGCGAGUGCAACCUGGGCAGCUUUUUCUGCGACGCUAUGGUGCAUUCGUUCAUCGGACUGUCGCCUUUCGGUCAGAAGGCCUGGACAAAUGUCUCCGCGGGCCUAAUGAACAUUGGUGGUCUGCGGGUGAAGCUCUCCCGGGGCAAUCUCACCUACGCCCACAUGAUCAGCAUGUCGCCGUUCGAGAACACGUUAGUGGCCUACAACCUUCCUGGUAGCAGACUCGUCGCGGCUCUGGAGCAUGCGGUGAGCAAGAUCGACCUAGAGAACGGGGUGGCCAGCUCUUACAUUAACCUGCAGUUUUCGGGCAUUAAAGUCAAAUACGACUACACCAAGCCCGUAUCCUCGCGAGUCGUUUUCGUCCAAGUUCGUUGCGCUGACUGCGAGACCCCCGUUUACGAGCCGCUGGAUCCGUACAAGCUCUACCGUCUUACCUCGCCGGACUUUCUGCAACAGGGCGGUGAUGGCUACACCAUGCUGGCAGAGGGCACAGACAUCCAGAGGGGCGUAACGGACGUGGAUGCUUUGAUCUCUUACACGGCCCACAUAGACCCCAUCUACGUAGGUCUCGAGGGUCGCAUCACUGUGCUCAACUGAUUAUUUCCGAGUCCAGAAAUUGUCUCAUCUGUAAUUGCUUAACUUAUCCCAAUAAAUCUAUUUUUGUCGUACAAAU